AAUCUAUGGAUCAUAUCACAUAACAAGGGUUUGCCUCGAGUCGGGCCUCGAGUCGGUCCUCGGUCUGAGUCCUGUAGAUCCGAAUUACAAAUUUGCAAAUAUACAAACAAAUGAAAACUUUGAUCUAAAUCAAGGACGAACGUCAUGGAGCUGUUGAAACCCCAAUUGGAUGCCGCUACAGCCGCCAACUCAAACGUCAAAGAUGAGGAGGAAUCGCCCGUCAAAACGCCCCUCAAGGGGUUUCCAGUCAAGUUGCGCGGCAUAAACAAGGCCAAGGCCAAAGCUGUACCGGGCUCCAUCAAGCGCAAACGAGCCAAUUAUCGACUCAGGAAACUAAUUGCUCCCAAAUCGCCCAUUUUGUUGCUCAACGAAAUGAUCGGUACGACUCCCUUCACCUUUGAAGAGGGCCCCAUUAUGGGUGGACCCACUCCCGUGAGACUCGUUACUGCUCAUUGUGAGGUAGAAGGGCAAGUCUUCAGUGGAACGGGGCCAAAUCGCCAAAUUGCCAAGAACUUUUGCGCCGAGAGUGUGAUCCAAUACAUCGCCAUCCAGCGGAGCUCCUCCAAUGCCUCGAAGGGAGUGCCAAGUUCCACAUCCAAUGCGUCGGGCGAAGACAUGACCAUGGAGGGUGAUGAGGAGGGUGCCUCGGGAUCCUUAAAAGAAGAGAACAAUGGAGACGGAGACACAAACGUUAAUCCGAAAAACAACAUCGGAAUGACCGACACCCCUUGGGUGCAACUAGCCUCGUUGGCGUUGUUCAAAAUGUUUAACGAUUGGCAAGUCCAUGGCUAUUCCAUUCCCAAUGACCUCAUGAAGCAGCAAACCAAUGACUCGACCCAACCUUCGAUCCCGAAAAAUGCCGCCAUUAAGAGUGAAGAAGUGGUCCGUCCACUACCAGAGAACCCCACGGAAAAACACCCCGUUCAAUUGCUGCAUGAGCUUCGCGGUCCAAUCACUUAUGUGACCACCGAGCAAAGAGGUCAAGCUCCCACGCUGACCUUUGUCAUGGAAUGUGCAUUGGAUGGAAAGGUCUUUCGGGGCGAAGGCCGGAACAAGAAGGAGGCCAAGAAGAAAGCUUCGAUUGCCGCCUUAAAGGAGCUUCAUGGGGUCGUGUAUCCCGAUUCGACCACGGAGUCCAUGGCACCCCCAGCAGCAGCUGUUGUAUAGAAUGAGCGUGGAUCCCGAUUUAUGCUGUUAUGGCCUAGGCGUGUUUUUAAAGUUUGAUUUCCCUCAGGAUUUCGAGAUUAAAAAAUGAAGAAUUUGUUUUGAAA